UUCAAUUUCGCAACGUGUUUAAAAUGGACGAGAUGGUGGAAGCUCGGAUCCCCGGAACUCGGACGGAUUCUAGCGAAACCUUCAGGUUUGCCAAGAUUCUAUCCGACUUCCGGGCUCCGGAAGUUGCCCAUUUUUGGGAUAUGUAUGCUAGAAUGGAUGCCAGUGAUUCCGAUGGACCGAAACCAGUACUCCCUCCGUCGGAGCAGGUUGAAACACGGUUUGAGCUACGGUACUUAACGCCGGAAAUAAUAUCGAGCAGAGACAUUUUGUGGUACAGGCAAAGACCUCAACAACCGCUCUUGUUGCUUCCGUGUACCAGUGACCGUUGCGCCACGGAGAACCAAUUCAUGCUCUAGCUCGUCGACUGUAAGAUGGGCACCGUUCAUCGACUGGUAUUGGAGAAGCAGAUGUGCCAUUUCCAUUUCGAGGAAUUGCCCAGUGGAAGACAUGAAUAUGGACGAUAAAAGAACACAGCUGAUAUACAACUGAACCCAAUUAAACUCAACUACACCUGUACACCAAGCUCAAUAGUUUUAACUCAAAUCGCCCGGUUUAACGUAGAUUUAGGUCAGCAAAUGUUAAUCGUAAGUAAACUUUUUUUUUUUUAAUCACGUUGCGACGAUUGAAUAUCAAUAAAACAAGUUUCAGCACUGUGUUUUAUUG